CCAAUAUUGAUUCAUAUGUCAUCUAUAAGAUGAUAAAUGUGACUGCUUUAAUUGACAAAUCUGAAAAUAAAUAUAUAAAAUUUGAGUUUCUAAAACCUCUUUGGAGGACAUGAGUAAAAGUUGGAGAGGAUUGAACUAUUAUGUGUGUGAAUGAUAUAUAUUGACAUAACUUUUUUUUGUUACAAUAUUGACAUAUUUAUCACGCGUAUGUGAUAUACUUAGCCACAUUCCAAUAGUCAUUGAUUAGAAAUGGAAUGCAUAACUUAGAAGUGUGCAGGGUUUAAAUGAAAACUAAAAAUCAUUAGUUGAAUGUGGACUACUUAGUUGUGUGAAUGAUAUAAACAAUGACUGACUUACUUGCAUUCUCAUUAACUUAUAUUGUGAGAUCACAAAUGAUAAGAUAAGACCAGAAACUCACCCGGCCAACUGGCCGGGGACAAAGCUAGUUACAAAGUAUGGCCUUUCAAUAUAAAAAGAAAUCAUUCAUUAGAAUCAACGAUAAAUACACAAAAAAAAACGGCAUUAUAAUAAACAGUAGGGAUGGGAUUAGGUGCUAACCCUUAUAAGGGUUAGCACCGUGAUAACUAGCCAAAAACGCUACUAAAAAUAACGAAAUCACUACGGAUUAUUAUAAAAUCAAUACAACAUCUAAGCUAAAUCACUACUAAUUCAAACUAGUAGUAGUUUUUCCCUUGGUUAGGACGGUGCUAACUAUUGUACAAUUAGCACCGUAACCGCUCCCUAAACAGUAUUGUAACAAUUAAGAUGCUCUUGGUCGACAUCCAUGUUGAUUAUUGUGUAAGUGGGGUUGAUGGUGUUGUGUUUUUUCUAUACUAAACACAUGAGUGGUUGUUGUUUGUUAAAUGUCGAUAUAAUAAUGAUUUGAGUCAAUUAUUGCUUUGGAAUCUCUACAUAUUUUUGUCUCAUUGGUGCUUUUGGUCCCAUUCUUCCAAGAGUCUAGUAAAUGACUUUUUGUCCCAACUUUUAUCAUGGUGAUCAAGGAAGAAAGGUGUUGUUUUUUUUUUUAACAAAGGAAGAAGGUUGGUUGGUUGAUAAAUCAAUCAUCAAUUUUAUCUUGGCAAUACAUGCAGUUUUUUUUAAGAGUGUUUCAACUUCUAUGAGAUUAACAAGAAUCAUGUAAGUGCAGGGCGUGCAUAGGAUCUAUAUGUUUUCGUGAUAUUUUAAUAUCGUAUUAUUUUUAUGCAUGAUCUCUUAUACUUGGAUAACAAAUGCACAUCUAUAGAGAAUUGAUUACUUAUUUAGCUCACUUGCCACAUAUAUGCUGACUUUUUUUUUGUGUACAUCUUUUGGAGGGGGGUAAAUGUGCAAGUGCCAAGCCAAAAGGAUAAGGUUUGUUUUAGGAGGGACAAAAUUUUGGGUUGGUGGACAUUGUUGUCACUCAAUUAAUCUUGAUGGACAUCUUUUAAGCCUAUUAAUGCGUUUUAGUAGUUGUUGGACCAAUCCAAUUUCCUAUCUUUUGAAUUUGUUUCAGAUGAUUCCAAGUUGCUUGAUAGAGGGUCAUAUUUUCUCCUUCAAUGUCACUUUUCUUGUUGAUUUAGAUGUGCAUGUGCUCAUUGAUUUUGGCCAACAAAAAAAGAAAGUUCAUAACUAGAGGGGAAAAUAAUGAUUUGUCAAUCAUACUAAAAAAGUUGCAUAUUGAAGAAAUAAGGUGGUCAUCUUUGGGUUAAUUCAAUUGAGCAUUAUCGUAUUAGAAGUUGAGAUUAACCUCGAUUUUUAGGGUACUUUUAGACAAGUGAGUAGUCAUCAAAAGGUAGUAGCAACCGUCGUAAUCCACUCAGCAAGCAACAAAGUAAUUGAUCAUCGAGCAAAAAAUCAAUCAUAUUUAGAGUCUCGACUCAAACGAGAACUGAUGAUGUGCCGUUUAGUUCACGGAAAAGAAUAUUGUUUUUUAGCUCAGUAAAACAUUUCAUCUCGAACCCUAGACAACUUACUGUCGGUAAUUUCUUUUCCCCUAAAUUUUGUGUCGCCCCACGCAUAAUUAGUCUCGGCCACUCUCUCACAUUUGGAAUUGGUUAUCCAUUUUGCUCCCAAAACUCCCCAAAGAUGAUGGGCAGAUGAGUAAUUGGUUAGGGUUCAUAGCAAAAGUGUUCUUAUAUAUAUAUAUAUAUAUAUAUAUAUAUAUAUAUAUAUUGUGAGAUCAGUAGGCAAACAGAAAACCAUAUUCAGUUUACUUGUGCAUCACAUAACCACUUCGAUCCCUCCAAGAGAAUACUUAAACCAUAUGCAUACUCUUUUGUUUCCCUAUCUUCAACUUCACAGCUUGUUGUGAUUGAUCGUGAAUGAUGUGGAUUUGUUGCUUGGUAGGGACGACUAUGGUGUCAUGUAUUCGAUGCUUGGAAUCCAUUUAAUUUAUUGUGAUAUUUGUUUAAAUACUUGAGAGAGGCUUGCGAAAUUUAUAACCCGUCAGAAUCGAAGAUAAACGUUAAAUUCAAUCAUAGUAUUUGACAAAAUCACGUAGAUGGCAUCCUAGCAAAAAUAAGCUGACGGAUCAUUUAGAUGGAGAGCAUUUUGAAACAUAGAUAUUUGUGAAUAAAUGUCCCCUUCUACAAAAAGAUAAGAUAUUUCAAAAUGACUUUAACGAAGACAUUAUAAAUCAAAAUUCUAAUUUUCCUCUUUCAAAUCAAAAUUAGACUAAUCUUGAGGCACUCUAAUCCAAAGAUCUCACAAUCCAAACAACUCAUGAGUAUGGUUAGCAUGAAAUUAGGGGUUCUGUCUAACUAACAAUUUCAUAUCUUUCCCAUCUGGUUUUUCAUCCUUCAAAACCUCCUGCUAAAUAAACCAAGAAGACUAGUAAUGACUUCUCCAUUACUUCCACAGUUUGUUUGAACUCUCUUUUGACUUCAAUAAUUAUUUGAGAUCUUCACCAAUCACCAUUAUUGGGUAUCAUUUGCUUAAGCAAUUGAUCAAAUCAUUCAAUGAUCUAGUUAAGCAAAAGAUCAAAACCUGGGCUUAAGAAAUUAAUAAAGAAGAUUCUUCUUCUACAGUGGCUGAGCCAGAAUUCCUCUCUCUCUCUCUCUCUCUCACUCUUUCCCUCUCUACUUUUGCAAGUGAAAGAAAAUCCACUCACUGACUGACAGUCACAGGCUCUUGAAUUUUUUUUUUCUUGCUUGCCUUGCCUGUAAAGCACAGCUCCCCACUACCACUACCAGUCUACCACAUCCUCUCCCUCUCCCGCCAUUAGGAAAACGACGGCGUACCCGUGACGCUCCUCUGGCUUUAUCAGGCCACCAUCCAUCCCCUCCAUUUCAAGUCCCAGAAUUCUUGUCUGGUAAUUAUGUUCAGCAUUCUGCCAAUCCUUCCUUUCUCCUGUCGAUUUCCAGCUUGUUAGCUAAAUGAACAGAAGAAACCAACACUCUUGCCUUUCUCACGGACCCAUAAUCCCAUUUUGCUUCCUCCCCCCCAAACUCCUUUCUGUACAGAUAAAUUACAAGAAAAGACGCCAUUCUGUUCACGGGUCCCAUUGCUCUUCGUCCUCUGGACUUCCCAAGGCUGUUCUUUUUUCCCUUCUCAUCUGGGUACUGAGGAUUUGUUAAAAAGAUUGCGCCUUUACCUCAAAUUCGAUGCUUUAGCUUUCCGCGACCUAUAUUAUACGGAUUUAGAGCUUCCACCCUUUCUGGGUUCUUUGUCAAAUCAGAAAAAAUGGUGCCGGGGAAAGCUAAAGCAAGAGUCUUUGCCCUGUUCUUCCUGUUCUUGUUGAUAUCUUGCUCAGAGGGCAAAGAGUGUACUAACAGUCCCACGCAGCUUUCUUCCCACACGUUUCGAUAUGGGCUUUUGUCGUCGGGCAACGACACGUGGAAGUCGGAGAUGUUCGCCCAUUACCAUGAGGAUGAUCAUUUGAUACCCACUGAUGAUUCGGCCUGGGCCAGUUUGCUUCCGAGGAAGGUUUUGAGGGAGGAGGAAGAGUUCAAUUGGGCGAUGGAGUACAGGAAAAUGAAGAAGAAUGUUCAGUCAUCUUCUGCUGGGAGCUUCCUGAAGGAAGUGUCUUUGCAUAAUGUGAGGCUGGAUCCUGGUUCCUUGUACGGGAGGUCUCAGCAGACGAAUUUGGAGUACUUGUUGAUGCUGGAUGUUGAUAAUUUGGUUUGGAGCUUCAGGAAGAAUGCUGGUUUUGCGACUCCUGGGACUCCUUAUGGUGGCUGGGAAGCUGCUGAUGUUGAGCUCAGAGGCCAUUUUGUUGGACACUACUUGAGUGCUGCAGCGAUGAUGUAUGCCAGUACACACAAUGAAACUCUCAAAGAGAAAAUGUCAGAAGUCGUGUCAGCUCUAUCUAAAUGUCAAGACAAGGUCGGCUCCGGCUAUCUUUCUGCUUUCCCCUCUGAGUUCUUCGAUCGAUUCGAGGCUGUGCAGCCUGUUUGGGCUCCUUAUUACACCAUUCACAAGAUCAUGGCAGGUCUUUUUGACCAGUACAUGUUUGCCAACAAUGCUCAAGCUCUCAAGAUGGUAACAUGGAUGGCUGAUUACUUCUAUGGCCGUGUCCAGAAUGUUAUAACCAAGUAUACAAUCGAGAGACAUUUUCGGUCUCUGAAUGAAGAAACUGGAGGGAUGAAUGAUAUUCUCUACAAAUUGUACAGCGUAACGGGAAAUUCCAAGCAUUUGUUGCUGGCUCACCUUUUUGACAAGCCAUGCUUCCUAGGCUUGCUUGCAAUCCAGGCUGAUGACAUAUCAGGUUUUCAUGCAAAUACUCAUAUCCCAAUUGUUAUUGGAGCACAGAUGCGCUACGAACUCACUGGUGAUACACUUUAUAAGGAAAUUGGUACAUACUUCAUGGAGAUUGUCAACUCUUCUCACAGCUAUGCAACUGGAGGGACAUCAGUCAGUGAAUUCUGGUCUGAGCCAAAGAGGUUGGCUGGUACACUGCAGACAGAGAAUGAAGAAUCAUGCACUACUUACAACAUGCUCAAAGUCUCACGUCACCUCUUCAGAUGGACGAAAGAAGUGGCUUAUGCAGACUACUACGAGCGUGCCAUUACCAAUGGUGUCCUGGGGAUCCAGAGAGGAACAGAACCUGGAGUGAUGAUCUACAUGCUACCACAGGGUCCUGGAAGCUCUAAGGGUAGAAGCUACCAUGGAUGGGGAACACCAUUUCAGUCCUUCUGGUGUUGUUAUGGAACAGGAGUGGAGUCCUUCUCGAAGUUGGGGGAUUCGAUAUACUUUGAAGAGGAAGGAAAUGCACCAGGACUUUACAUCAUCCAGUACAUAUCGAGCACCUUUGACUGGGAAUCUGGACAGUUCUUGCUCAGUCAGAAAGUUGAUCCCGUUGUCUCUUGGCAGCCUUUUCUACGAGUGACAUUGACAGUUUCUCCGAAAGAGAGGUCUGGUAAGUCGUCUACUUUGAAUCUGAGGAUACCAACUUGGACAAAUGCAAAUGGUGCUGAGGCGACCUUAAAUGCUGGAAGUUUGCCUCUACCUGCACCAGGAAAUUUCCUCUCUGUGACAAAAAAGUGGAGCAGCAGUGACAAAUUGACACUAAAGCUGCCUAUGAGUUUGAGAACUGAAGCUAUCAAAGAUGACAGGUCUGAGUAUGCUUCCAUAAUGGCAAUCCUCUAUGGCCCAUACCUACUUGCUGGCUACAGCAAUGGUGACUGGAACCUCAAACUCGGAUCGAGCCUUCCUGAAUCCAUCACUCCAGUUCCUUCUACACACAAUUCCCAACUCCUUACCCUCUCCCAAGAAUCUGGAGGUUCUACAUUGGUCGUGACAAACACAAACGAAUCUUCGAUCACGAUGGAGAAGCUCUCCAUCCCUGGCUCCGAUGCUUCAGUCCACUCCACAUUCAGACUUGUCUCAAGCAACAACAACCACAAGCUAUCAACAACACUCAAAGAUCUCAUUGGUGAAAAAGUCAUGUUGGAGCCAUUCCAUCUCCCCGGGAUGGUGCUAACGCAGAAUGGGAAGGAUGAAGCAAUCAUGGUCAAAAACUCAGUUCCUUCAGAUGGAUCUUCCGAAUUCCUCGUCGUAUCAGGACUGGAUGGGAAGGAAGGAAGCGUGUCUCUCGAGUCUGUUGCCCAGAAGGGCUGCUUUGUGUUCAGUGGAGUGGAUUACAAGCCAGGAGCUAAGGUAAAGCUCAGCUGCAGGACCAGCUCAGGCAGUGGUGGUGGUGAUGAAUUCGGUAAAGGAGCAAGCUUUUCAGCGAAUCGAGGGCUGUCACAGUACCAUCCCCUUAGCUUUGUUGCUAAGGGGGAGAACAGAGGUUUCAUUCUUGCACCAUUGCUGAGCUUUAGGGACGAAUCAUACACUGUCUACUUCCACUUCCGUAGUUGAGAAAAAGGACGGUUACAUACAUUUUGGAAGUAGUAGUUAGUUUGCGUAUGAAGCAAGCAAUAACAAACCAGAGUGGGAAAGGAGCAUAUUUCCACAAUGUUUAGUGAAAAAAUGCAUUGUAUUGGA